AAAUUCAAAAUGGCGGGAGAAGAAGUGGGAUAAACAUUUGGUUAUUUCAACGGAAUAAAAUGAGAGUUCAACAAUAGUUUACCUCUGUUCUCGUCAAGGAUGGAUAUUCCGAGCUCAAACCGUGGAAUAUGGCAUAUUAUUUCUGGACGUUCUUCGCUCCAAGAACCGAAUCAAAUUGCCGAUAUUCUACAACAAAAUAAGCAAAGGCUCCUUGAUGGAGUUUUGUGGUACAAGAAACCUAGUGCAAGUGCUUCUCAAAAACUCACAAAAGCAGAAAAUAUAAAACCAAAGAGAAAGGAAUUAGUGAAGAAAUUAAGUAAAAUUCUGGAUCUGGAUGAAUGGCAGUCUUUGGGGAUACUCAGCAAUUACCUUGCGAAUGAAUUCAGAGGUUCUAUGCAACAGUUACUGGUUAGUCUGGUUUUAGUGUAGAUUUGGUUUGCAUGUUAAGGGGAAAUAAACCUUGGUCUUAUGCUAAAAUAUCAUUUUGAAUUAUAUUAUAGCU